AUGACCUGCCCCCUGGCAGCGUCCGUAUGGGACUGGUUUGCGGCCACUUGGGCAGCCAUCACAGGAGAGCCCCCGCCGCCACGCAGCACAGACCUCCUUCUUGCAGACGACCAGCGGACCUGGAGGCCGGCCUCCCAGCUCGGGCCUCUCUGGCAUCGCCUCCGGCUGGCCACCAUCUGCCAGCUCUGGGCAGCCUACCAGCACGCACGGCACCAGCCGGAUGCAGCGCAAUCAGCGGGCGCGGUAGCAGCUCGGAUCAUCUCCUCCAGCAGGAAAGCCAUCCUCGGCGACUGGCGGCUUGCAACCAUCAACGUCAGGAACACAGCGGGCGUGCCCAGCGACUGGCUGCGCGGGCGCGACCCGAAACUGACGCGCGAGGAGUUCACGGCGCGCUGGUGCCAUCGGGACGUCCUCUGCGCACUGGGCGCGGCGCCCGAUGCGCAGCUUGUCAUCCAUUGCAGCGCACAACACCCGGUGCCGCUGCCCGCAUGA